AUGUAAUUAACUGAAUACUCUGAAUAAUUUUAUUUAUAGUUAGCAUAAACAUAGGAAGAAAAUGAAUUAAAUCUCUUUUAUUAUAAUUAGUUAUCCAAUUCUAUAAUAAAUUUUGCACAUAAUUUAGAUGAAUUGACAAGUGAGAUGAAAUAAAGUAUUUUAGAACCAUAUGAAGAAUUCACAGAAAAUUAUAAUGAAAUCAAUAAAGGAUUAAUCAUAAAGAGUUAGGAAUUCUUGAAAUAGGUUGAAAAAAAAAGAGAGGCACUUUUUACUAAACAAUAGGAUUACUUAAAAACAGCUUAUGAUUUAGAGAAAAAGAAAAAAUCAAAAAGUUUAAAAUUAAAAGCAGAUGAAUUAUUUGUGGAUUAUCGAUAGGAAUUGGCAAAUGUAAAUUAAUUAUGGGAUGCAUUUAAUGAUAAAUUUAAAAAAUCUUUUGAUGAAUAUGAUUCAAAUGAAUUGGGCAGAACAUCAAUCACAGAAGCAACUUCAGAAAAGUUAUUACAACAUAUAUCUAAAAUAACGAAUACAUUGAAUAUGAAAUUACUUUAAUUGUUACAAUAAUCUAAUGAUAAAUUNGGUAUAACAGAAACAGCUUUGUACUCAGUUUCUUAUUUUUAUGAUCCAAUAUUCGAAGAGUUUUAUUUUGGAACAUUUAAUACUCUAGUUGACAUAGAAUAUAUUUAAUUAAUGAACUAGUAUUUUCCAGAUUUCAAGUAUUAUUAUUUCAGAUUUUGCUUAUAAAAUACAAAUAAAAUGUGA